GACGAGCAUCCCCGUUCGCCCGCCCCCGUCUGCCGCCGCGCCUCCCCGCUCUGGGGCCGGGAUUGGGACUGGGAUCAGGACCGGGACCGGCGGGCGGCUCGCCCCCGCCCCUCCGCCGCCGCGCUCCCGCGGGGUGCCCGCCGCCGCCUCCUCCUCCUCCUGCCGCCGUCGCCGCCGCGCCCGGCCAUGUCGAUGCUGCCGUCGUUUGGCUUCACGCAGGAGCAGGUCGCCUGCGUCUGCGAGGUGCUACAGCAAGGAGGGAACCUGGAAAGGUUGGGCCGGUUCCUCUGGUCGCUGCCGGCCUGCGACCACCUGCACAAGAACGAGAGCGUCCUGAAGGCCAAGGCCGUGGUGGCUUUCCACCGCGGCAACUUCCGCGAGCUCUACAAGAUCCUGGAGAGCCACCAGUUCUCCCCCCACAACCACCCCAAGCUGCAGCAGCUCUGGCUGAAGGCUCAUUACGUGGAAGCCGAGAAACUGCGGGGCAGACCCUUGGGCGCCGUCGGCAAAUACCGCGUCCGCCGAAAAUUCCCUUUGCCCCGCACCAUCUGGGACGGCGAGGAAACGAGUUACUGCUUCAAGGAGAAAUCCCGGGGCGUGCUGCGGGAAUGGUACGCCCACAACCCCUACCCGUCCCCCCGAGAGAAGCGGGAGUUGGCGGAAGCCACCGGUCUUACCACCACCCAGGUCAGCAACUGGUUCAAGAACCGGAGACAGCGGGACCGAGCGGCGGAGGCGAAGGAAAGGGAGAACACGGAAAACAACAACGCGGCCACCAACAAACCGAACCAACUCUCGCCUCUGGAUGGGAGCAAACCCCUCAUGUCCAGCUCCGAGGAAGAGUUUUCUCCUCCACAAAGCCCGGAUCAGAACUCGGUCCUGCUCUUGCAGGGGAAUCUCAGCCACGCCAGGAGCUCCGGCUACUCCCUGAGCGGCUUAGCCGCAUCUCAGACCCCUCACAGCCUCCAAAGCCACCAGCUCCAGGACUCGCUGCUGGGACCCCUCACGUCCAGCCUGGUGGAUCUGGGAUCCUAAAGGCCUGCGGCGCGCAAACGGAGGAUCGGGAGAGGAGGUUCAGCUUGGAGACAGAGGCUCUGGGUUGUACAUAGAGGACAGCACCCGGUUUUACAGCUCACUCGCUGAUUCUUGAUGGGACUCUUCGGCUCUUUCACACAACCCCACAUCGGCUCCUGGUCCAAUCUCCUCCCAGCAUCUCCUGCUAUCACCAUGAUUUUUAUUUUAUUGUUUGUUUUUUGUUUUUCCACGUAGCCAAACGCAGAGAGAGGCAGAAACCCUCUGCCCUUCGAGUUCAAAUGAGCUGGUCCCAGAGGGAAUUACAAAAAAAAAAAAAAAAAAAAAAAAAAAAAAAAAAAAAAAAAAAAAAAAAAAAAAGAGAGAGAGGGAAAAAAAAAAAAGAAAAACAUUUUUAAAAAAUAGAUUUCCAAACCCCAGCCCUCAGCUGGAUUCGAUUCCACCCAAAUAAAUCCCAGCCUCUUAGGAGCAGUGGGGCAGGGGUGGCCGGUUUAUCCCCGCUGCCUCCUGGCCGGGUCCCCACGGGGUCGGAGCCGGCGAGGAGCUGGGACAGAGACAGAGGCAGCGAACCGCUGUACCGAGCCCUGGGUUGUAGUGGGAGGAGGGAGGGCAAGUUACGUUUACAUUUUUCAUAUUUAGCCUUACCACAAAGAUUUCGAUGUAGUUUAAAUUAAAAAAAAAAAAAAAAAAAAAAAAAAAAAAAAAAAAAAAAAAAAAAAACCACAAAAAAACCCAACAAAAAACCCCACAACCCAAGGCAAAAGCUGCAGUAUUAGAGUUUUAACAAGUGCCUAUGUCUUACCGUGUCUGUGGGACUGAGCUCCCGUGGACUCGAGCCUCCCCGCCCCCCGGCUUCCUUCUCGGUGGUGAAAUGCAUCGAUGUGGCUAAAAAUUAGGAUAAUAAUAAUUAAUAAUAAAAGUCGACAGCCGUUUCCUCCUGAACGAGUGUUUCUCGGGCUGCCCCUCCAGCUCCGCGUUGCCUUCUCCUGCCUCUCCCCGCUCACCGCCUUCCCCCUCCGGCUUGCAGAGAGCCCGCGGACGACGCUAUCUGCCUCGAGCAUUUGUACCAAAAAUCGCAUGUGCUUUCAGGUUUAUUUUCUAUUGUACCUAAACAGUCUAAAUUAAAACACGCUGAUGGCAGAACACCCA